AUGGCUGCGAGGGCUGGUCCCCGUCUUCUGGUCUCUGCCACUGCCCGUCCUACGUCAUUCGCUGCCCUCCGGCUCUCGCAGCAGAGCGUGCGGUGCGCAUCCGGUGCUUCUUCUGACCUCAAGAAGACGCCUCUGUACGACCUGCACGUCGCCAAGGGUGGAAAGCUGGUUCCCUUUGCUGGGUACUCGCUCCCCGUGCAGUAUUCUGACCUCACGCUCGCCCAGUCUCACCACUGGACCCGAAACCACGCCUCGCUCUUUGAUGUGAGCCACAUGGUGCAGCACAUCUUCAAGGGCAAGGAUGCUGCUGCUUUCCUGGAGAAGGUUACGCCUUCGGACUGGGCCAACCACGGUCUCAUGCAGAGCAAGCUGACUACCUUUUUGUGGCCUGGCUCCGGUGGUAUCGUUGAUGACUCCGUUGUCACCAGGCUCGGCGAGGAUGAGUACUACGUCGUGACCAACGGUGCCUGCCUUGACAAGGACACCAAGUACUUUGACGAGGAGCUUGGCAAGUUUGGUGGUGACGUCCAGUGGACUCGCCUCGACAACUCUGGUCUGGUUGCUCUGCAGGGUCCCCAGAGCGCCGAGGUUCUGAGCGAGGUCCUCGCCACUGAUAUCAACCUCAAGGAGCUCUACUUUGGCAACGCUGUCUAUGGAGAGCUGAAGCUUGCCGACGGUAGCAAGACUCACCCCGUGCUCAUUAGCCGUGGUGGCUACACCGGCGAGGACGGCUUUGAAAUCUCGUUCAAUGGCAAGGAGUAUCCCGCCUUUGAGACUACUUCUCCCGCCAUCGAAGCCCUCCUGGCCAAGGCCGGUCCCGAGCGCCUGCAGCUCGCCGGUCUGGGCUCCCGUGACUCUCUCCGUCUUGAGGCUGGUAUGUGCCUCUACGGUCACGACCUCGACGACACCACGACCCCUGUCGAGGCUGGUCUGAGCUGGAUCAUCCCUCAAGCCCGCCGACAGUCUGGUGGCUUCCACGGUGCCGAGGUCAUCCUUCCCCAGUUGACACCCAAGAGCAAGGGUGGCUCAGGCGUGGCUCGACGACGAGUUGGACUCGUGGUCCAGGGAGCACCUGCUCGUGAGGGUGCCGAGAUCCACCAGAAUGGUGAGAAGAUUGGUACCAUCACAAGUGGUGUUCCCAGCCCUACGCUCAGCAAGAACAUUGCCAUGGGAUACAUCAAGAACGGACAACACAAGGCCGGCACCGAGGUGGACGUUGUUGUCCGAGGAAAGAAGCGCCCGGGCGUGGUGACCAAGAUGCCUUUUGUGCCGACCAAGUACUGGAAGGGCGAGGCUUAA